UACAGCAAUUAAUAAAACAAAUGAUGCAACAAACAAUCUCGCAAUUAAUAAAAUGAAUGAUGCAACAAACAAUUUUAAAUUUAUUUCAAAAGAAGUAGCCAAAAAUUGGUUAAAAGAAAGUAAUGAGGUUAAGCAACUUUACGAAUUAUUAGCUGAUUGUGCAAAGCAA